AUGCAUCCAGAGGUGCAAACAGAAAGAAAACUCAAGAAUGUUCGAGUGGACCUGGGCAGCGAGUUCGACAAUGACGUUUUCACAAACUUCUGCCGCAGCCAAGGGAUAACCAUCGAGCGCGUUCCAAAAGCAUCAUCUGCAGCGCACGGGCAUGCAGAACGAGGAAACCGAACAGUCAUUGCUGGUGCUCGGACUCAGCUAAUCGAAUCAGGUUUGGAUGCACACUUUUGGGCAGAGGCAGCUGCAAGCCACUGCUACGUACAGAGCUUUAUCCCAUCUUCUCAACAUCCCGACUCUGUUCCCUGGAUGCGAUGGUUCAAUAAGAAGGACAAUGCAGGACAACAAAUACGCCCAAAUAUUUCGCACUUACGAGUGUGGGGAAGCGUGUGUUGGGUCCUCGAUUUGGAUAAUGUUGAAGUGAAGCUAGGAAGGCAAGGGUGGGAAGGAUGGAUGGUUGGAUACAUGGGAAGGCGGGGCUACAGAGUAUUUGAUCCAAAACGGGGAAAGGUAUACGAAGUGCGAAACGUGAUCUUCGAGGAAGGCGUCCCUCAUCGGACAGAAGGAUCCAAGCCCACAUCCGACCAUAGCAGCGUCCUUGUUAAUGAAGAUGAAGCACAGUCAGACGCACAAGAUUGGGAAAAUCUUCGAGAAAUCACGCACGAAUCUACCGAGUCUCCGGGGCAAACGCCUAGAAAUGAAGAAGCCUCAGCUGACGGGAUUACUACAAAUGAAAGUCCACAAAUUGAAACAACGAACCCAAGACCAGUUCCACCCCUUCCACGGAGAACAAGCCGCAUUCCGAAACCGAGUCGAAAGAUGUUAGAAAGCAAGAUUUCGGACCAUAUGGAAGAAGAGGCAAGAAACGCAAGAGAAGAUUGGGCAAGGGAUAACCAGCGCCCUUCUGUGAAUUUUGUCGAUCUGAACGCUGAUUUCUUCGAGCAAGAAACGCUCACAAAUCCAUUAGCGCUGGCAAGUGCAACAAAAGGAAACUUACCAAAGAAUGGCGCAGAAGCAAUGAACGAUCCAAAAUGGCUCACACCGAUGUGUACUGAAAUGAAGCAAUUCAGCGACCGAAAAGUUUGGGAACUUGUGCCGCUACCACCUGGAGAGGUGGCGUUUGACGGAAUGUGGGUGUUCGACAUAAAAGUGGACGGUGAAGUGAAAGAGGUGAAACGCCAGGCAAGAUACGUGGCACGGGGCGAUCAGAUGGUGGAAGGACGCGACUUCGGAACAAAAUGGGCCAUGGUAGCCCGCAUGGAGUCCGUUCGAAUGGUAUUCGCGGUUGCCACAGUCAAGAAUCUAAAAGUGCGGCAGUGGGAUUUUUCCGGAGCAUAUCUCAACGGCGAAAUGGACCAACCUGUUUACAUGAAGCAACCUAGAGGCUUCGAGAAGAAGGGGGAAGAAAGCAAAGUUUGUCUUCUUCUCCGACCCCUCUACGGUCUAGUCCAAGCGGGCCACAUAUGGUAUAAGCUUCUUGCUUCGGGUUACAAGACACUGGGAUACUCCGAAAAUGCCGCUGAUCCAUGUGUCAGAACAUGA